UGUGGAGCGUCAACUGCGUUUAUCCGUAGAAUUACCCAACUAACAUGGAAGGAAGUUUAUUUGCUAUGACGAGUAAAAUGAGGGCAGAGGCUGUGAGUUUUAGUUUCGCUAAAAAGACGAAAGGAACUCUUUAAUUGUGGUGAUUGUUGUCAUAUAAGGCUGGGAUCCUCGAGCUGAUGGUCCACACACCCACACAUGUACUCCGUAACGUUUAUCACGCCACGGCCUGUUGUGGUCACAUGACAAGGCGGGUAACGUGAUGUUAGCACUUCUGCAAUUUUCUUGACAUUUGAUGAUCGCAAUUGGCAUGACGUACAAUGUUUGGACAGUUCUUCAAAGAGAGGAGACCGCAGGAGAUGGCCUCCGGGGACAAGUCAGUGCCAUCGUCCUCAUCGGACUGGAGUGUUGAGCCGCCGGUCAUCUCACCUGCAAGCCCUUCCCAUCUGACCCACUUCAAGCCACUCACGCCAGAACAGGAUGAGCCGCCGCUGCGGUCAGCGUACAGCUCGUUUGUCAACCUAUUUCGCUUCAACAACAAAGAGGAUGGUCGACCUGCCUCCACGGUCUCUGACAAGCUGGAUGAGCCACCCCCAUCCCCUCAGUCGGAGAGUCGAAGCUGGUCGUCCAGCCCUUCCCACUCCAGCUACGGCUUAAGAACGCAGCGGAAGUCACACUCUGAUCACCGCAGACGCACCUCCACCGCCUCUGAUAGCAGCAGGAAGUCGGAUACCCCACUGAACAAUCAUGACCCACGGACAGCUGUUCAGCUCCGCACUGCACUGAAACGGCUCAAGGAAAUCAUGGAUGGAAAGAGUCAGGACAGUGACCUGAAGCAGUACUGGAUGCCAGACAGCCAGUGCAAGGAAUGCUAUGAUUGUAACGAGAAGUUCACCACAUUUCGUCGGCGCCACCACUGCAGACUUUGCGGACAAAUAUUCUGCAGCCGCUGCUGCAACCAAGAGAUCCCCGGGAAAUUCAUGGGCUACACAGGAGACCUACGAGCCUGUACAUACUGUCGUAAAAUUGCGCUCAACUACGCCUACUCGGCCGAGUCUGGCUCCAUUGGUGAGGACCUGAACGUCUUGUCAGACUCUUCCUGCUCAGUGUGUGUAUUAGAACCCAAUGAACCACGGACACCCGUGGGUGGACGCAAGGCAAGCAGAAACAUCUUCCUGGAGGAAGAUCUCCCUUGGCAGAGAAAAACUCCCAUUGGGAUGAGAAAAAAUAUGAUCCAUCAAGAUCCUCAGAAGAGCGUCCUUCCUUCCAGACUGACAACGCUGCAAGAAGAUGUGGGUAAAUCUCCCACAAGGAAAAGGUCAGCCAGCGUUUCCAACCUUUCUCUGGAUCGCUCUGGCUCCAUGGUGCCUUCAUACGACAGCUCAGUCAGCCCACCCACUACCCGAUCCUUGACAGGCGCAAAGAGCGUCACCAAACUUGACCACAGCGAGGAAGAGAGGAAGAGCCUUCUGGACUCUUCGCAACUAAAGGAAUUGUGGAAAAAAAUCUGCCACAACAACACAGGAAUGGAGUUCCAGGACCACAGGUACUGGCUGAGGACCUACCCUAAUUGUAUUGUGGGAAAGGAGCUGGUAAACUGGCUGCUGAGGAACGGCACCAUCUCCAACAGGGCACAGGCAAUUGCCAUCGGCCAGGCGUUGGUUGAUGGCCGCUGGCUAGACUGCAUUACGCACAACGAUCAGCUGUUCAGAGACGAGUAUGCCCUUUACCGCCCCCUGCAGAGCACAGAGUUCUCCGAAACCCCGUCUCCUGACAGCGACAGCGUGAAUUCAGUGGAGGGGCAUUCUGAGCCGUCCUGGUUUAAGGACAUUAAGUUUGACGACAGUGACACGGAGCAAUUGGCAGAGGAGUCUGACUACAACAUAACAAGCUCUGCCAGCCUCAGCAAGAGAACGUCCGUCAGUAGCUCCCAGUCCGUGGUUGACAGCGACUCGGCUGCUUCCAUCAGCCUCAACAUGGAGCACAAUAAUGUCAACUUCCAUAUUAAGAAGCAGUCCAAGUAUCCACACGUGCCUUCCACUGCUGAGCAGAAAGCUGAAUUUCUGAUGUCAGAAGAUGGAGGACAAAACAUUGUGAUCAGCGAUGCCUUCAUCAAAGAGUCUCUCUUUAAUCGGCGUGUGGAGGAAAAGGCUAAAGAGAUGCUGUUCACACCUCUGGGUUGGCACCACAGCUCCCUGGACCAGCUGCGAGAAGAGAAUGGAGAGAAGAAGGCAAUGGAGAGGCUGCUCUCUGCCAAUCACAGCCACAUGAUGGCGCUACUACAGCAGCUUCUCUACAGUGAGUCGCUAUCACUGUCCUGGCGGGACAUCAUCGUCCCUGUUGUCCGACAGGUGGUCCAGACCGUGCGCCCCGAUGUCCGUAACUGCGACGACGACAUGGACAUAAGACAGUUGGUCCAUAUUAAAAAAAUUCCAGGGGGGAGAAAAUUCGAUUCAACUGUGGUUAAUGGCUUUGUAUGCACCAAGAACAUCGCCCACAAAAAGAUGAAUUCCUACAUCAAGAACCCUAAAAUCCUGCUGUUGAAGUGCUCCAUCGAGUAUCUGUACAGGGAGGAAACCAAGUUCACAUGUAUCGAGCCAAUUGUCCUACAGGAGCGAGAGUUUUUGAAGAAUUACGUUCAGCGGAUUGUGGAUGUCCGCCCGAACCUGGUGCUGGUGGAAAAGACAGUUUCUCGUAUUGCUCAGGACAUGUUGCUGGAGCACGGUAUCACCCUGGUGAUCAACGUCAAACCGCAAGUCUUGGACCGAGUGAGUCGGAUGACUCAAGGUGAUCUUGUGAUGUCCAUGGAUCAGCUCCUUACCAAACCUCGACUGGGUACCUGCCAUAAAUUCUUCAUGCAGCCCUUCACCCUGGCUAACGAUGAUGUCAAGACGCUGAUGUUCUUUGAAGGAUGCGCGGCCCACCUGGGCUGCUCCAUCAAACUACGUGGCGCCUCUGAGUAUGAGCUGGCUCGCGUGAAAGAGAUCAUCAUGAUGAUGGUGUGCGUGGCCUAUCACUCACAGUUGGAGAUCUCCUUCCUCAUGGAUGAGUUUGCCAUGCCACCCAGUUUGGCCCAGAGCACUUCUUUUCCUUGUCUGCUAGAUGGCAUGUCUUCCAAGGGUGAAGCAGAAGCAGAACAGACUGACGUAGAGAGCCACAGCACAUCUGUGAGAAUGUCUGAUGAUGAUUCUGUAACUCUUGGACAGCAAGAAGAAGACUUGUUUCCCCCUGGAAUGGAGAUCAGCCAGGACCAUCUAAGAUCAUGUGCAUCGUCUGUCCAAAGUGAGGAAAUUGGAAUCAAAGAAAGUUUAACUUCUUCACCGUUUUCCAGCGCUCCUGCUCCUCCUCUAUCAGUAUCUCCGCCGUUUCUCAUGGACGAAGAUCAGCAAGAGACGGCCAGCAUGUUCAGUAAGACCUUUGAUAAUGACACUUCGGCGCAAGUAAACCACGAAAAGGAAGAGAUGGAAAGCGCCGAGGAUAAGGGAACAGAAACGUCAACACCCAGGUUGUUCCGAGACCCUCUGCAAGAUGACACGGGCAUGUUUGUGGCCGAGCAGGUGACUUCGACCGAUGACCGCUUGAAGUCCAUCUCAGCUGUCUUCAAGCAAGAGUUGAAGGACAUCAUUUUGUGCAUCUCGCCCUUUAUUACAUUCCGAGAACCGUUCCUUCUCACAGCUGCUGGAAUACACUGCCCCAGCAGGGAUUACUUCCCUGAAAAGGUCUACCUGUCUCCCCUCCUCAACAAGGAUUUAAAAGAGCUUGACGGGCGCCGGAAGCGACAGCUUCUGAAAGACUCUGUGUCAUCCUCGGUGGCCGGCAGUCAGACCAACAGCGUCGCUUCAAUUAGGCCUGUCGACUAUCUCCCGUGCCACGGACUCACCAGUACACGUAUCAUUGAGCAAUUGAGCAGUAGCCAGGACCUCGCCAAUAUGCUGGCAGAGUACAGAGCAAAGGGAGGGCGGAUCCGGCAGAGGGAAGCAUCCAAUGACCCUUUCAAUGCUGCCAGCACAUCCGGUCCUGUGAACGGCCACAACAAGCCUGAGGAAACGCCAUCGCCACCCGUGAAAGGGCCAGUAAAGGCCGAUAGUGAAGAUGACAAACCAAGCAAACAGAAUGAAAUGAGUUUGGCCCCCAAGAUGGACUGCCUAACGCCUGUCAAUCAUCAGCGACUAUGCGUACUCUUCAGUAGCUCUUCAGCUCAGUCCAGCAAUGCUCCAAACCCCUGUGUCAGCCCUUGGAUUGUCACCAUGGAGUUCUAUGGAAAGAAUGACCUUUCACUAGGUGUGUUCUUGGAGAGAUACUGUUUCAGGUCCUCUUACCAGUGUCCCAGCAUAUUUUGUGAGACUCCUAUGGUGCACCACAUCCGCCGUUUUGUGCACGGUAACGGCUGUGUGCAGAUUGUGUUAAAGGAGCUGGACUCACCUGUUCCCGGUUACCAGCACACCAUCCUCAACUAUUCUUGGUGCCGCAUCUGCAAACAGGUGACACCUGUUGUGCCACUGUCCAAUGACUCAUGGUCCAUGUCUUUUGCCAAAUACCUGGAGCUCCACUUUUACGGCCACCAGUAUACCAGGCGGGCCAAUGCGGAGCCGUGCGGUCACUCCAUCCACAAAGACUACCACCAGUAUUUCUCCUACAACCAGAUGGUGGCCUCCUUUAGCUACACCUCAGUGAGACUUCUGGAGAUCUGCCUUCCCCGUCCCAAGAUUUUCAUCAGGAAUCUGGGGCCUUCCAAAGCCAUCCUACAGCAGGACCUGAAAGACUUCUCCCAAAAAGUACUGCAGGUUUACUUGGCUAUCGAUGACCGCCUCACCUCCCUAAAGACGGAGACCUUCAGUAAAACACGAGAGGAAAAGAUGGAGGAUCUCUUCGCCCAGAAAGAUAUGGAAGAGGCUGAGCUGCGCAACUGGAUUGAGAAGCUCCAAGCACGACUUCAGGCAUGUGGUUUGGAUUCUCCACAGCAGCUUCAGACCGUGCUGGAGUCUCUUGUAGUCAAGAAGCAAAGCCUCUGUGAGAUGCUGCAGUCGUGGAACAGCAGGCUGCAAGACUUAUUCCAACAGGAAAAAGGCCGCAAGCGUUUGUCCGUCCCCCCGAGCCCGGGCCGCCACCGACAGACCGCCACCGACGACAGCAAGAGCACUCUGGAAUCUUCACCACGUAACCCCUCACCAGUGGUGCAGAAUGGUGACAAAGAGGACCGUCUCCUCAACACAAUGCCCUCCACAUCCUCCUCAUCCACCGUGCUGCUGUCUCCCGGGGAACCUGGAGCUGAACCUGUCACCCCCGGCCCCUCUUUCACAGAGCCAGACUCUGUCAGCAUCCCAGAAGAUGUGUUUGACGGACACUUGUUGGGCUCCACUGACAGUCAGGUGAAGGAAAAGUCCACCAUGAAGGCUAUUCUGGCAAAUUUUUUGCCAGGCAACAGCUACAACUCCAUUCCUUUCCCUUUUGACCCGGACAAGCACUACCUGAUGUAUGAACAUGAACGGGUGCCAAUUGCAGUGUGCGAGAAGGAACCAAGCUCCAUUAUCGCUUUUGCACUCAGCUGCAAGGAGUACAAAACAGCACUGGAUGAUUUAUCCAAGGUGUCCAACACCGUAGUGGACGAGGUAUCACAAACCAACAGUGGAGAGAGCCGAGCAAAGGGCAGCCCCGCCAGGCUCGCAGAGUCAUCCGUGCAGAGCCGUACCAGCAUAGAAGCCGACCCGCUUAAGGAUGCUGACGUGGCCGAUAAACAGAAGAAGCAAUCUCAGAAUCCACACAUUGAGCUGCAAUUUUCAGACGCCAACGCCAAGUUCUACUGUCGCAUCUAUUACGCGGAUGAGUUCCACAGGAUGCGCGAAGAGAUUUUGGAGAGUGCGGAGGAGGAUUUUGUUCGUUCGCUAUCCCAUUGUGUCAACUGGCAGGCACGUGGUGGAAAGUCGGGAGCAGUCUUCUAUGCCACUGAAGAUGACCGGUUCAUCCUGAAGCAGAUGCCCAGACUGGAAGUCCAGUCCUUCUUGGACUUCGCUCCUCACUACUUUACCUACAUUACAGGAGCUGUGCAGCAGAAGAGGCCGACUGCUCUGGCGAAGAUUCUCGGCGUUUACCGCAUCGGGUACAAAAACUCUCAGAACAACACAGAAAAGAAAUUGGACCUACUUGUGAUGGAAAACCUUUUUUAUGGACGCAAAAUGGCCCAGGUGUUCGACCUGAAAGGCUCUCUGCGAAACCGCAACGUGAAGACCGACUCGGGCAAGGAGAGUUGCGAAGUAGUGCUGCUGGACGAAAACCUGCUCAAGCUCAUCUACGACAACCCGCUGUACAUCCGCUCGCACUGCAAGUCGGUGCUGCGCGCCGCCAUUCACAGCGACGCCUACUUCCUGUCCAGCCACCUCAUCAUUGACUACUCGCUGCUGGUGGGACGCGACGACGCCACCGAUCAGCUAGUGGUCGGGAUCAUCGAUUACAUCAGGACUUUCACUUGGGAUAAAAGGCUGGAAAUGGUCGUCAAAUCCACUGGAAUUCUGGGAGGACAAGGAAAGAUGCCCACCGUAGUGUCACCCGAGCUGUACCGUGCCCGCUUUUGCGAGGCCAUGGACAAAUACUUCCUCAUGGUGCCUGACCACUGGACUGGAUUAGGGGUCAACUGUUGAGCGGGAAUCACCCUUCGGAUGCUAGAAAAUGGGGUCCAACAUUACUUGAGUGCCGUGAACAUUUUUAAAAGGUUUUAUUUACCGACAGACAAGCAUGUAAACAUUCCGUACGACACAAUUCCGGCAUAUUUUUAAUAGAUGAGUUUUUUAUUUCAUCAUUUUGACCCCUGAUGACACUGUCAUUAUAGUUUGCUAUUGUAAUUUAAAAUUUGAAUAUGUACAGAAAUUGUGUACCUAUUAAAACAUUAUAAAUCUUUUUUGUGUCUGUAUUUUAAUUG